UGGGAUUUCAGAUAAUUAUACAAAAUAUGGCGGACCGGCUGACGCAACUUCAAGACGCUGUCAAUUCGCUGGCUGAUCAAUUCUGUAAUGCUAUCGGCGUUCUGCAACAAUGUGCCCCACCUGCAUCGUUCAGUAACAUCCAGACGGCUAUCAACAAGGACCAGCCAGCAAACCCAACCGAAGAGUACGCCCAGCUGUUCGCAGCUCUGAUCGCCAGGACAGCCAAAGAUGUGGAUGUAUUAAUCGACUCCCUACCCAGUGAGGAGUCGACGGCAGCUCUGCAGGCGGCCAGUCUGCGGCAGCUGGAGGAGGAGAACCACGACGCGGCCGCCCGCCUGGAGGAGGUGGUCUGCAGCGGCGACAAGCUGCUGGAGAAGAUUCAGAAUGCGCUGGCCGACAUCGCUCAGUCUCAGCUCCGCACCCGCAACGGAGCCCCCAACCAGCCCCCGGAGUCCUGACCAAAAGCACUCCCGGACAGAUUUGACCUGAACCUCUGAAAGUGCGUUUGGAGCGAAAAACGCCUCAUUCUGAAUGAUUUCUCAUUCAGAGGCUCAGACAAGUGGAAAAUUCAACAGGACUGGAUUUGUACAUAAAGUUUCACUCAGAUUCGACUACGUGUAAAUGUUUGUGCCCUUAAAUCCGUUUGCCAUAAAGCCGCAAACACACAGCUGUGCGUUCUAUUUUUGUUUGCAGAGCUUUCUCUUCAUCACAAGUUCAGGAAAUAACCCCCGGUGGUCAUUGAGUUUAGACGGUUUUGUAUGUUUUCAUGUGUUUCAUUUGUGUCUUUUGUCAGGAAAUGUGCCCUCUCUGUAUUCACUUUUGAAGAAUUAUUUUCUUACUCCUCACCAAUAAAUGUGUGUGUCUAAGGUUUAUUCCCUCCAGAACAAUCGAUCAUC